AUGGAACAAGUUCUCAGGUCUGUAAAUUAUUUGGCUGAAAUUAGAAAGAAAGCAGAAAGAGUACCAAAUCUAAAAGGAGAAUGGCUUGAAUCACUUGGAUCCAUCAUUGAAGUUCUACAGAACCGUACUGAAAGAUUGGAAAUAAAAGGCCAACCAUUCAAAUGUCAUAAAGCAUCUUCUGAUGAGAAUGUUUUUGAGUUUGAAUCACAAGUACAUAAUAUAGACGCAGCUAUAGAAAUUGGAAAAUAUCAGAUGAAGGAUCUAGCCAAAAAAGCAGAUUACCAGAAAUUUUUGGCCACACAUUGUCUACAGCGAAACUACAUUUUCCAAAUACGUAAAUGUGGGAAUGCAGAAUGCUGUAGACCAAGGCGGUGUCAGCAACAGGAGUUUCCACCAUUACCUGAUCCUGUGUUAUCACAUGAUAAAGAUCAUUUUCAGCCACUAACGGAUGUUAUUGGGAAAACAACAACAGAUUCGGUCAGGCCCUCAUCUUCAAACCAAACCGUAGCUUCUGUUGCCGAAGCACUUCAGGGUUUGAAGAACAACCAACUAACUGCUCAAAACGUGAGGAAAACUAUUACUUGUGUUGAAUGUGGGAAACCUAGAUGUUUGUAUUCCAAAAAACAGCUGUCAGUAAGAGAGUCCAGAAAUCUCACAAGAUUGCCAGAAAAACAUGAUUACACCUGUGGUGCUUUAAUUACACCUGAUGGAGAUGCACUGCAAGGCUUAGUAUUUGUAAGACUGCAGCUUAGUUGCAACUCCCAUAUUGAAUUCCCAUAUUAUUCUGCAAACAACACUCGGAAGGACAUGUGCUGCCAUUGUGCAGCAGAAGGAUCAGGAACUUAUGAAAACAUUCCAAGUGGUUUUGCCUGUGUGUGA